UGGUGAUUCGAUAUCGAAUCUAAUUUCCACGUCUAAUUUAGGACACCGUCAAUAUUCUGCCAGGGCUUCAACUAGAGUCGAAAUAUCGCUAAACAUUCGCAAAUGGAAUAUUCUCUUCGGUAUUAGUAUUUUAUCAACGCAUUAGGGUACAGAUUGAGAACGCGAGACCGUUUAUAUUGGUUCGAUUCGAUUAAUCGAAGAUGGCGCUGAUAGGCUGACGUGUUUAGCCGCGGAAGGGCAAAAUAUGGCGAAAUCGAAGUUUGCAAAGUGCUUGAAAUAAUAGGCCCGCUUUGCGCGCGAUUUUCUCGAGUUGAGGAGAUCUUGAAGACGGUGGCGUCGAGGCUUGAGAGGAUUGCGAUUUCGGAAAAAUCGAACGGUUUUCCGGUAAUACGCCGUUUAGGAGAGAAACGACCUUUGGGUCUGUUUAUACACAACGAGCCGCAGUGCACUCUGGGACAGCAAUGGUGGGCGCGUGAUUUUGAACAAAUUCGAGAAACCAAGAAGACGUUCAGGUCCAAUGAACGAGUUUACUUGUCUCCUCUCGGGAAAUAGCGAGAGCGUCUCGGUACGGUAUUACGAUGAUUUUUGAGAUCUUGCGCUAGCGUUGCGUGGGAAUUACUUAAAAAUUAACCCCGAUGAGCCCAGAAUUUCUAACCUAACCAUUAAGGAACUAACAUCCAAGAAUUAGUCACGUAAUGUCUGUCAAUAAAACGCAAGGUGCUCGGGCUCUGGUUGAACCACUGGCUCUGGAUUCGAGGACGCUCGGAGAUAACGAUCUUAGCGCUUUGUCUCUGUCGCACAAUGCCGAGCAAUAUACCUCCAAUGAUUUUGAAGCUUUUGCAAAUAUCGAAGCUGAGCUGGAAUGUAUGAAUGCGGAGGAAGUUAUGACGAGAGAAGGGGAUCAAUUGGUUAUUGAACGCAACGAGGAAGAAACCAUCGUGCCUGAUGUGGAAAUGACAGACGUUUCCGAUGAAGUUAGAGAAGAACAGAUUAUUUAUACUGCGGCAAAUCAGAAUAGUCAAAAUAUCAUAUUUCAGACUAAGCCAACGUUACAGAGAGUUCCUGUCUCUGCAAUACAAGUUAAACCUAAUGCAUGUCAAACGUCGCAGAGUCAAUCUAUCAUGAUUGUUUCUCCUGCGAGUGGUCAAGGCACCAGUCAAAUUUUGAAAAUUUCUCAUCCGGCAAGUGCUUCAGCUGGUCAGUUACAAUCUUUAGCUCAAACUUUGAUAACGGCUAAGUCAACCGAUGGUAAUAUAGUACAAUUAAGAUCGGCGCAAGGAACUAAACCUGUGAUGGCAACGAGCCAAGCAAGUAAUACAGCUGUCAGUGCUGUUCAGGGUGUUAAAGGAAUACAAUCGACAAUGAAGCGACCUGCACAAACGGGGCAACAAAAUAGAAAUGUUUAUACAAAAAUGAUAUUAACGGGAGGUCAAACACAGCCUGGUCAGCAAGUUUUGAUAGCGUCAUCACAGAAUGAUAAUCAACAACAAACAAUUAAGUUUUUAAGUAAUAACGCUGGGAACCAAAAUGUUCCAACCCCGACAAAAACAAUAACACUAGCGCAGGCUCAACAGAUGGGGUUAAUUACGUCCAGCAAAGUACAACACAUUCUACCAUCGGCGCCACAAAAACAGCAGGGGAUUAUUGUGAAUAAAUUGGUGCAGUCAUCAUCUACACAACCAUCAAAAAUGACAAUAGUUCCAAGUAACGUAGUAAAGUCUCCAGCGAAAAUCCUACCAGCUCCGACUAUGACGUCUCAGGUGAAGCCUACGGCGAUCUCCAAUUCUCAGACUAUCACAAAUAAGACAGCUGUUCAACAGAAUCCACAGAAAGUUAUCAUUAGACAGAGUUCCUUAAAGCCUGGAACGGUUCUUGGCAGUGGACAAGUAAUUAGGAUACCAGCUAAUCAGAGUAUCGUAUCUGGCGGAAACCAAAUACAUCAAAUACAAAUGCCAGGGCGUCAGGUGCAAUAUGUAAGAUUAGUAAGCACACCAGCUUCGAAUACGACCAAUGUAGUGACUGUUGGCAAGUCUAAAUCUCAAACUACUCUGCAAACGGUUGGAGUAGCUCAGAAAAUUGCAGGUCAACAACAGAUUGUUAAGGUUGUUCCGUUAAAUACUGGCAGUAAUCAAACUCUGAGGACUGUGGCACCGAAGGCAACAUUAUCAACAAAUACUCAGAGGUUGUUGAUUCCAGCUGCAACUACAGUUAGUAAUCAGUCGAAGAAUGCCGUAGCUAUUCCAGCAUCGGCUUUAAGUCAGCUAGCGUCGGGCCAAGCGGUUCUUUCCACGAAUCCUAAUGUUGGUAAUAUUGUUGUUCUUCCAGCCCAGUAUCUUCAACAACAGCAACACACCGACGACUCGAAAGGUAAAUCUCAGCAAUCAGCGUCAAGUCUGUUGAGCAGCUCGCAAAGUUUUCAAGAUUCUUUAGAUACUAUAUCCCUCGGAACCAUUCCAGAGACGAAAAGUUCACAGCGGUCAUUUUCUAAUAUCGAACCUAAUGGAAUCCGACCGAGGAAACCAUGCAAUUGCACCAAAUCUCAAUGUCUGAAGCUGUACUGCGAUUGUUUCGCGAAUGGGGAAUUCUGUCACAUGUGUAACUGUAACAACUGUUCCAACAAUCUGGGGAACGAAGAGGAACGCCAACGAGCUAUUAAGUCCUGCUUAGAACGGAAUCCAAACGCUUUCCGACCUAAGAUUGGCAAAGGCCGAGAGACUGGUGAUGAUAUUAGAAGACAUAAUAAAGGCUGCAACUGCAAACGCAGUGGCUGCUUGAAGAAUUACUGCGAGUGUUACGAGGCGAAAAUUCCGUGUUCAGCUAAUUGUAAGUGCAUAGGUUGCCGCAAUAUAGAGGAACCAAGUUUGGAAAAGAAGUCUCUGAAGGACCUCGCAGAAGCUGCCGAAGUUAGAACGGCACAGCUUAGUUUGAAUAAGGCCAAAUUGCAACAAUUGUCCGAAGUAACAUUUAGACCGCCUGCUACAUCGAACACUGGUGCACGGCAACCAUUUAACUUUCUAACCGAUAAAGUAGUUGAAAUGACCUGCCAAUGCUUGAUGGCACAAGCAGACGAGGCGGAACGUAACAUGUUAGAUGAUGAGACAUCACAGAGAUUAAUAAUCGAAGAGUUCGGAAGAUGUUUGAAGGAAAUUAUAGAAUCAGCACACAAAGCAGAAGCUACCUAGCAGGUGCAUCUGGUAAGGCACUUCAGUCGUGUUGUUACAGAUACAUUCGAAACCUGUAAACUUAGAAACACUCGAUUCAAUUUAGGUAGAAAAAUAGGAAGUGUCAGAAAUCACUACUGAUCGCUGCUGGAGAUUUUUUUUUUUGAGUGUCAUUUUAAAGGGAAAGGGACAUACUAAAGAUUGUCACGUGUGUGCUACUUACUAUUUUGCAGGAGUGAUUUGGAUAUUGUCAAGAUUACAACGCAACGAGACGUUGGGUUCGAGCUGUACAAAAAGUGCUAUUUCUUAUGUUUAUUUUCUUAGAACGUAUGUAAGAGGAAUUUUAAAUAGAUACGAGGGUAGCUGAGUCUUAGUCAAAGAGGGUGCCUGGAGUAUUAAGUAUAAACAAAUUAUUUAGCGUUACAGACAUUGAGAAAUAUUUAGUUGUAAGCCUCACUUUUAAUUUAUUUGGAAUCCUGAUGGCGAAAGUUACUGCAAAUUGACAUUGUGUUCGGUCCUUUGACAUCACUUUCGCAGCACUUGGAGAAGCAUCGUUGUCAAAAAAUCCAUUAAUUAUGACAGAGAGCGUUUAUAAGUUAAAUUUGAACAUUCUACACUUGAGAAGCUGCGGGAAAUAUUUAUUAUGCAAGAGAGUAAAAAGGCUAUUUUUAUUUCGAUCGUUAUAUAUAUAUAGUGAUUAUUGAUCCUUUGAUAAUAGGUAAAUGGGUUUGAUAAAGUCAUAUCAUUUCACUGAGAUAGACAUAGUUAUUUGCCAGGAAUUGCACCUCCCUGUCUGAUCGCAGUAUCUCUGCAUUUUCGCAUUGUAUAAACUAGAGUACAUGUACAGUUUCCUAGGGAAUCGUAAAUGCAGAUAUUGUUCAUCUUUCUAAUGGUAAAAUGAGUAUGGCAGUGAAAACCAUAGUUUACCGUAAUAUGUAUAGUUCCACUGUAGUGGGGAAGAAAUAAAGUAAACGAUAUGUAUUUAGAAUUUCGUGGUCGGUCAAGAGAAUUGGGAUCGAUAAAGGAUAUGUCGAGUGAAUUAUUUUGACGAAAUUCUCCAAAUAUUAGUCGUACCUUUACGCGGCGUUGUUUUGUACAUUUACUUGAGAAUGUACUCAUUUAAAAUCCGAUCCGAUUUUCUAUGGGUAGACGUGUUUGAAUUAUAGAUGGAAACAUGUUUUGGUUUAAGCGAAUUCCUAGACUAAAGGCAUAUAGUUUUUUUUUUUCUUAUGCACAAAAGUAAUUCAUUGCAAUAACAGCAUCUGUAUGUAUCGCAGAAUGAUAAUAGAACUUCGUGAAAUAUAUGUGGCGAACUAAUAUGAGAAAUGAAUAGAAUUUAUAUAUUAUAUAUAGAAAGAGUAGUUUAAGGACAAAUGUAAAAUAGGUGAAAAUACAAGUAUAUAUAUAGAUAUAUAUUCAUAGCAUUUGUAUUUUACAGUUAAUGGUAUUUUUCUUAAAAUACAUUAUUUACAAAUGGUCUACGGACAAAUCAUAGUAUCUUGAGGGUACAAACAGAAAUUAAGGCAGUCGGUGCUUAGAUACUGCAUCGAUAAUUUUUUUUCUCGAGAAUGAGAAAGUGCAGUAAUAGCUGUAUAAUAAAUUGUAGAUUAGCAUCACAUUGCCAGUUAUGUUUAAAAGUGAUCCUGCAUAUGCAAUGGUUAAAUCGAUCACUUGUAAUAUUGUUUAAUGCACUCGAUGAAGAAUUAUGAAAUUUGUCACAGUCACGCAUAAGACUUUCCAAAAAUGUUUCAAAUACUUGAAACGAUUCGAUCUAAUGUACAUUAUUGGAUAUGAAAUUGGAUUUCCAGGAAGAUGUACAAAAGUGGAUAGAAAGACUGUAAAGUUGCGACGGUAUUUCUUGUAUCUGCUUAAUGUCAAUAUUCACUGUUCAAAAGUGGCUUAGAGAAAGGUCUUUUACAGGCAGGAGUGUGCGUGUGUGUACAUACAUUUUCGAGUCAUGUAAUCUUCAAUAAAUCCUGAAUUCCCAUUU